GUCCCGGACGGACUGAUCUGCGUCGCGGACGUCCAAGUCAGCGGCGUCGGGCGAGGCGGGAAUCAGUGGAGCUCCCCGCCCGGGUGCCUCAUGUUCUCGUUCCUGACCCCGCACGCCGAAGGCCGCACGCUACCGUUCCUGCAGUACGUCUCGACGAUGGCCGCGGUGGAGGCGAUCCAGGACGUCGCGGACGACGCGAUGACGACCGCGAGGAAAGCGGCGGCGGAGGACUCGUCUUCGCCGGCGCCGCCAUUGCCGCCGUUUCGACGCGGCACCGGUCGCACCCUGGACGCGCGCAUCAAGUGGCCGAACGACCUGUACAGCGGUGGAGUCAAGAUAGGCGGGGUGCUGUGCCAGUCCACGUACGCGAACGGGCGGUUCGACGUCGUCAUCGGCGUCGGGUUAAACCUCGACAACGCGGAGCCGACGACGUGCGUGAACGAGAUCAUCGCGAAACGUUUGGCGAGGGACGGGCUGGUCGUGGCGCCCGGCGGCGAAUGCACGCGCGAGCGGUUGCUCGCCGGGUUUAUGAACCGGUUCGAAGCGUUGAGUGGGAUGCUCAGCGCGACGCGGUCGUUCUCUGGGCUGGAGGCGUCGUACUUGCGGCAGUGGUUGCACACGGAUCAGGACGUCGUCAUCGAGGACGCUUCGGGCGGCGGCGGCGCCGCCGCCGCCGCCGCGGGGUCGGCGCGCGUCACCAUCAAGGGCGUGACCGCGACCGGGUACCUCCUCGCGGUGGACGAGAAGGGCACGAGGUACGAGCUGCACCCGGACGGGAAUAGUUUAGACUUCUUCAAGGGCUUGGUGAGGAAGAAGCUG